AUGAAGAAGAAGAUGAUAGCUUUAGGUUUUGAGGGCUCGGCCAAUAAGAUUGGCGUUGGAGUUGUGACCCUUGACGGCACAAUAUUGUCGAACCCACGCCACACUUACAUUACCCCACCGGGCCAAGGCUUCCUCCCCCGAGAAACUGCCCAACACCACCUCCAACACGUCCUUCCAUUAAUCAAGUCCGCCCUUGAAACCGCCCAAAUUACCCAUGACAACAUCGAUUGUCUUUGUUACACCAAGGGCCCUGGGAUGGGCGCACCACUACAGGUCUCUGCAGUUGUUGUUCGGAUCCUUUCACAGCUGUGGAAGAAACCAAUUGUUGCUGUGAAUCACUGCGUUGCACAUAUCGAGAUGGGUAGGAUAGUUACUGGGGCGGAUGAUCCCGUUGUUUUGUAUGUGAGUGGGGGGAAUACGCAGGUAAUUGCGUAUAGUGAAGGUAGGUAUCGGAUUUUUGGGGAGACUAUUGAUAUUGCUGUUGGGAAUUGCUUGGACCGGUUUGCUAGGGUUUUAACGCUGUCCAAUGAUCCAAGCCCUGGGUAUAACAUUGAGCAGCUGAUGCUCAAUCUAGAGAGCUCCAGAAGCACUCAGAGUGAUCUAAGAGCUCUCCAAAUGGAAUGUGGGGAGCUCCAUAUGGACCCAAUCAAAACAAGUGAGUUGCAUGGAUCUUCAUGGGAGCCAAAUGUGAGUCUUUUUGAGGGUCUUGUUACAGCUUUCUCCAAAUGCUCAAAACAGAUUGUUCUCUCCAGGGAACCUGGAACCCUAGGGGGCAGAGAUUAUUCUCAUUUGCAGAUUGAUUUUUAUGCUUCUGCUGUUUUGAAUGUGGUUAAGAAGCUUGCAAAGAAAGGAGAGCAGUUUAUAGACCUUCCUUAUGUUGUAAAAGGAAUGGAUGUUUCAUUUAGUGGAAUUCUGAGCUACAUUGAAGCCACUGCUGAAGAGAAGCUAAAAAAUAAUGAGUGCACCCCUGCAGAUUUGUGCUACUCCCUGCAGGAAACUCUGUUUGCAAUGCUAGUGGAGAUCACCGAACGAGCAAUGGCACACUGUGACAAGAAAGAUGUUCUCAUUGUUGGUGGUGUUGGUUGCAAUGAGCGCUUGCAAGACAUGAUGCGAAUAAUGUGCUCCGAGAGGGGUGGAAAAUUGUUUGCAACUGACGACAGGUAUUGCAUUGACAACGGGGCAAUGAUUGCAUACACUGGUCUCCUUGCUUACGCUCAUGGUGCGUCUACUCCACUGGAGGAAUCAACAUUCACCCAGAGGUUCAGAACCGAUGAAGUGCUGGCUAUCUGGAGGGACAAAGAAUCUUCUUACAGGAAUGGUCUGAGAGAGAAAUGCACCUAA